AAAGCGGCUACAAAGUUGUAAUUUGUAAAUUUUAAAACUAUUGUUGUUAUCGAUAACAUGGUGAUGGAAUAUGUUCCAUCUCUGAUUUGUUGAGAAGCAACGUUCAAAACCAGGACCACCAUGAAGGGCGGAACUUUUCGGAACACCCAGUGGGAUCCCACGCUGCUGACGUCACAGAUCGUUUCGAUGCAAUUCUGCGUGUAUUUCACUCUGGGCCUGCUCGUCUUCGUGGCCAACAAGUUGUCCGGAGAUAACUACAGUCUGGACCAUAUAUUCGAGUACCAUGAGAUUCACAUCUACGAUUUGGGAGGAAGGCUGGUUAUCUGCGCAUUUGUAUUAAAUGCUUUUGUUGCAUCUCUGGCCCUUUGGUGCAUUGUGAGAAGAGCCAAGCUCUGCCUGGACUUUAGCUGCACCUUUCACAUCCUGCAUUUGCUCGCCUGCUGGUGGUACAAUCGUUCGUUUCCAGCGAACGCAUCCUGGUGGCUCCUCAAUGUAAUCACAGGAACAAUAAUGUGUAUAGGCGGCGAGUUCCUCUGCCUGCAAACAGAAAUGAAGGAGAUCCCAGUGGGCUAUGCGGCCCUUAACCAAAAGUCGGACGUUUGAUCCUCUACCUUGUGAUGCCUGCUAGCUUAAGACCCAAGCAUCUUAUCUGUACAUGUAUAUUUUAUUGUUAAACUAGAAUAAGAUAACUUAACGUAGAAUAAUAAGAUAUAUUCUCGA